AAAACAAUUUAUUUUAACUUCAUAAAAAGUCCGAAAUCUUUUAAACUUUUGGCUCUUAUCUUAACAAUGUCAGUAUCAACAGGUAGCAUUCCUGCUUCACAAAUACAACCUCCUCAAAACCAUCGACAUCUAUGGAAGGAACUAAUAACGGAAAGUGAAAAUAAAAGAAAUGCAGCUGAAGAGUACAGACGCACUCAGAUGCCAAUUCUAGAACCUCCACCUCAUCCUGCCAUUGAUUAUUUAAAUGACACACUUUUCCCUGUUCUCAAUGCAGGUUUAAUAAAGAUGCUUCAUAAAAUAAAAGAACAGGAAAACCAGAUUUUUACGGAGGGAGAUACGUAUUUAAACACUGUGAACUUCAUAGCCGAAUAUCUUUGGAACAUGAACCCAAAUCACCCAGAAAGAAAAGAAAAUUGGAGUGAUAUUUCUAGUAUUAUUUGGAAUUAAAAUAUAAGCUUUUUAAAUAAUAAAUACAUAGCAGAUUUA